GGACAUGGAGAGAUUGUCCAGAUGUUGCUGGACAAUGGCGCCAGUAUGAGUUCGCACGCACAUAGGACCAACACAACGCUUUGCGGAGCAUCAGGUCGGGGACAUGGAGAGAUUGUCAAGAUGCUGCUGGACAGCGGUGCUGAUGUUAAUAUGCGAGGAAAAGUUGGCGGCAGGCCGCUUCGAGUGGCAUCAGAAAACGGCCAUAGAGAGAUUGUCCAGAUACUGCUGGACAACGGCGCGGAUGUUGACAUGCAGGGAGAGUGAU